AUGCUGCUAUCGAAUCAAGAGCCGCUCCCGAACCCCGAGUCCAUUGGAUGCAACCAAGUAUCCGUAAUUGUUAGUGCCUCCCCUCCCUUACCUCCCCGGUUGCCGGUUGCCGGGCAGCAGCCCAGCCCCCGUGGCUGCGGCCUCUACUGCCUCGCCCUAGACCAAUCCGUCAAAGACCUCCAAGACUGCCUGUUUGAGCAAGGAGCAGGCUACACCGACGUCUUCUGCCGCGACAACGGCAACGUGAACGCCUCCGCCACGGCGACGGGCAACGUCGACCCGCCCGCUUCGGCAAAGGCUAGCGUCGUUGCUUCCGGUGGUUCGGGGUCCGGGUCCGGAGGAGGUUCGUCUUCGGCGAGUGGGAGCGGGAGCAGUUCGAGCUCGACUUCGUCGGCGAAUGCGGCGGCGGCGGGUGUGCAUGUCCCUGCUGGGGUGAACACGCUUGGGCUGACUAUUGGCGCUCUGCUUCUCUCUGCUGCGACUUUCGGCGCUCUUCAGAUUUAA